UUUAUCUCUCAGUUCUGCUCAAGAAAACAAAAACAAUAAAGAAACCUUUCGAAUCUUUGUCUCAAGAACAGAAUAGAAUCAGAAGGAGAUUCAAGAAGAACUAAUUGAAAGUUUCAAGAUUCCUCAAAGAGCUUUUUCUGCUUGAGGGAUAAACUUGCCGACCGUAUAUUCGAGGUCAGAAUCGUCUCUGUUUCGAUUGGGAUCUGUUGAAUGGGUGUAUCAUUCUCCUGUCCGUUCGCCGAGCAAGACGACGUGGAAAGUGCUCUAGACUUCGUCACGGUAAAGUCCAUAAGCUUUGGUGAUGAAGACGAGUGCAAGACUCCCAAGAGAUCUGUCAAUUUCAAUGACAAAACUCUUGAGCCCACGAUUUUGAAAUCUUUGGGAUCUGGUAAAAUGGUCGUUGAGAAAUCUGUUAGCUUCAAAGGGAUGCAACUGGAGAGAAUGAUCUCGCUUAAAAGGUCUGUCUUGAAAGAAGAUUACACGAAAGAUAAUGGCUUUGAGCUUGACAAUGCCGGGAGGAUUGCUAGAGAACUCUCAGUUCUUGAUCCGAGGAAUCCUAAACACGAAGCUGCUAUCAAAUUACAGAAAGUUUACAAAAGCUUCCGUACCAGGCGAAAGCUCGCGGAUUGCGCGGUGCUCGUGGAGCAAAGCUGGUGGAAACUUUUGGAUUUUGCUGAGCUGAAGAGAAGUUCUAUAUCUUUCUUUGACAUUGAGAAACACGAAACCGCGAUUUCAAGGUGGUCUAGAGCAAGGACUAGAGCAGCUAAGGUUGGUAAAGGUUUGUCAAAGAAUGGAAAGGCUCAAAAGCUUGCUUUACAACACUGGCUUGAAGCGAUUGACCCGAGACAUCGGUAUGGACACAACCUACACUUUUACUACAACAAAUGGCUCCAUUGUCAGAGUAGAGAACCUUUCUUCUACUGGCUUGAUAUUGGCGAGGGGAAAGAAGUAAAUCUUGUGGAGAAAUGUCCUCGAUUGAAACUUCAACAACAGUGCAUUAAGUACCUUGGUCCGAUGGAAAGGAAAGCUUAUGAGGUGGUUGUGGAAGACGGCAAGUUCUUCUACCAGCAUAGCGGAGAGAUUCUUCACACUUCUGCUAUGGAAGAUAGUGAUUCCAAAUGGAUUUUUGUGCUCAGCACAUCUAAGGUGUUAUACGUGGGGAAGAAGAAGAAGGGUACGUUUCAGCAUUCAAGCUUCUUAGCUGGAGGAGCUACUGUUGCUGCAGGAAGAUUAGUUGUUGAGAAUGGUGUUCUUAAGGCUGUUUGGCCACACAGUGGACAUUAUCAACCCACAGAAGAGAAUUUCAUGGACUUUCUCUCUUUCCUCCGAGAGAACAAUGUCGAUAUCACUGAUGUAAAGAUGAGUCCUACAGAUGAAGAUGAAUUCUCUCUUUACAAACAGAGAAGCACUCAUAUGAGAAACCAUUCUUUGGAAGAGGAUUUGGAGGGUGAGAAGACCACUGCCUUUCAAGACAAAGCUGAUCAAACAGAAGAAGAACCAACUCUGGUGAUGGCUAAUCUCGAGACACCGAAAAAGAUGGAAUCUCCAUCUAUCAGCACAUUUGGCGAGGAGAUCCAAUCCGCUGGAUCAAAGUCUACUAAAAUACGUGAAGACUACGAUUCAGGUGAUGAUGAAGAGGAUGAGGAAGAGAUGUUUGACUUGGAACAAGAAUCAAUGCCUUCAGAGCAGAGCUCAGCCAGAGGAGGAGAAGAAGAAGCAAACAAGGAGAGUGAAGUAGUCAAGAUUCCAGAAGAAUCAAUCCUAAAAAGGAUCAACUCAAAGAAGGAAACUAGAUCUUUCCAACUUGGGAAACAACUAUCAUGCAAAUGGACAACAGGUGCAGGACCAAGGAUUGGUUGUGUAAGAGAUUAUCCAUCAGAGCUUCAGUUUCAAGCACUGGAACAAGUGAACCUGUCUCCGAGAAGUGCUUCUGUUUCAAGACUCUGUUUCUCGUCCUCAUCGCAAACGCAAACGCCUCAGAUGUCACCGUUAUGGCGAGGAAUGUCACUGCCUGCAGAUAUAACGCAUUCGUAAAACUGAUGCACAAUAAGUUGCUUUUUCGAUCUGAUCUAUUCUUUUUGUGUGAAUAGAGAAGAUAAUGACUUAGAAAUUCUUUUGUAUUCUUUUUCCCCCAUUUACUGUAACAGAGCAGCAUUUCAUUUGAUUAUUUUGGUUUCUUGUCUAACAAGAAACUACAGGUUAAAAAAAGUGUUAGAUUCAUUCUUUU